AUGGUGCAGAAAGCAUUAUCCUACAACAAAAAUUCAAAGGAAAGAAAAAAUGAAAUGGAAAGGUUGAGACACAUAGGUAAUUUUUAUCACAACUCAAAAGUAUUGGUAUCUGGCGAGGGAGAACUCUUGGUGGCAAAACGGCCUCCUAGUGGUGCCUCUGUUCGAUAUGAGGACUAUACCCCUUGUGUUUAUUGUAAGGGCUUUUACAUUGCUGUGGACAUAUGGAAACAUUGUAAAGACUGCAAAUUCAAGAAAACAGGAGAUUCUUUUCUGUGUGACCAGGAUGACCAGAAGCCACAGAAAGCAGGACUUAAGGACAGUCGCAUGUUAAUGGCAUCCUUAAAUCAAUCACAUCAAAAUGGAAAAGAUGAAUCCAGCCAUGGGCAACUGUUUGGAACAAUGAAAAUGGAUUCUAUUAAGAUGGUGUGUGUGAAUGACGAAAUAAUAUCAAAAUUUGGCAAGAACAUACUUUCUUGCAAAGGGAAAGAUCAUAUUCCUUUUACUCGUGCCAAAAUGAGGGAAAUGGGAAGAUUAUUGGAAAAAGUGAGACAAACAGAUGAAAAUGACGAAACACAGUCAAUGACAGUGAAGGAUAUGUUGCAUCCAGCAAAGUUUGACAUGGUUGUUAAGGGAAUACAUUCUUUAUGCACAUACACCUUGCAGGAACAAAAUAAUGUCCCACAGUGUGAUAUUCCUUCAUUAGCAUUAAAACUUGGUCACUCUCUAAGGAAAUGUGCUUACAUAAAACAAGGCUUAUGUAUAAGAUCUGAGGAUUUAAAUGGCGAGAAAGCAGCAGCAGCCUUUAUAAAACUAAUGGACAUGGAAUUCACGCAGAAAGUAAGCUCCAUUGCUCUUAGUACAUUAAAGGAAAACAAGAAACCUUCUGUACUACCAGUAACCAGUGAUGUUGUGAAGUUCUCUUCAUGUAUUCAAAGCAAAAUAGUUUCUUUGUCGACUGAAUUACAGAAUGCAGAAAAGGAAUCCUGUCCAGCAACUUUCCAGUCCCUUGCAAAAGCUACACUAUCCCACAUUAUUACUUUCAAUAAGAAAAGAUCAGGAGAAGUUGGGAGAAUGACAGUUGAAAAUUACACCAACAGAUCAGCUGUUGGAAAUGAAGGUAACCAGGAUAUCUUUGAGAUGUUAUCUACAGUAGAACAGAAACUGAGUAAAAGGUUGGAUAUGAUGAGCAUAAGGGGGAAACGUGGCAGACAGGUUCCAGUCAUAUUAACUGGUGACAUGACAAAAGCAUUGGAAUUGUUGGUUGAUCCAGAUAUAAGGGUGAAAGCUGGCAUUGUACCAGAGAACAGAUAUUGUUUCCCUAUGUCUAGAGGCAGCAUUUUCAACAUAAGGGGUUGUGAUGCUCUAGCAGAUACAGUCAAGGAAGCAGGAUUGAAGAAUCCAGGAAGUUUUCGAAGUACAAAUCUCAGAAAAUACAUAGCUACGGUGUCACAGGUUCUCAACAUGAAAGAACAUGAAAUUGAGUGGCUUGCAGCACAUUUGGGCCACGACAUAAAAGUGCAUAGAUCUUAUUAUAGGCUGCAGGAGCAGCACUUAGAACUUGCAAAAAUAUCCAAACUUCUCUUUGCAGUAGAUCAGGGGAAAGCUCAUUUAUUCAGUGGAAAGAAGCUAGAUGAUGUACAAAUUGAUGAGGAGAAAAAGAUGACAAAAGCUCUGAGUGAGAUGAAAGAUACAGAUCCAAUAAACUUUUACCUUGAUUGGAUUUAUGGUUGA